ACUCCCGGCGGUGCCGGAGUCGGGUGGGUCGGCCACUAUAAAGCUGGUGGCAGAGGGGAAGCGCCGCGUACUCCCCAUCCGUUGGUCGUUAUUUUUCCACGGCCACCGCCGGGUCACAUUUGGGUGAGUGUCCCGCGCGGAGAAGGAGACUUGGGCUGCUGAGGCCCCGUGGGCACGUGCCUGGAGGAGGAAACAGAGUGACAGACCUGGAGACUGCAGUUCUUUAUCCCUCACACAGUUUUUUCACCAUGCCUGGGUCACUUCCUUUGAACGCAGAAGCCUGCUGGCCAAAAGAUGUGGGAAUUGUUGCCCUUGAGAUCUAUUUUCCUUCUCAAUAUGUUGAUCAAGCAGAGUUAGAAAAAUACGACGGUGUAGCUGCUGGAAGGUAUACUAUUGGCUUGGGCCAGGCCAAGAUGGGCUUCUGCACAGACAGAGAAGAUAUCAACUCUCUUUGCAUGACUGUGGUCCAGAAUCUUAUGGAGAGAAAUAGCCUUUCUUAUGAUUGCAUUGGGCGGCUAGAAGUUGGAACAGAGACAAUCAUCGACAAAUCAAAGUCAGUGAAGACUAAUCUGAUGCAGCUCUUUGAGGAGUCUGGGAAUACAGAUAUAGAAGGAAUAGACACAAUUAAUGCAUGCUAUGGAGGCACAGCUGCUGUCUUCAAUGCUGUUAACUGGAUUGAGUCCAGUUCUUGGGAUGGACGGUAUGCCCUGGUAGUUGCAGGGGAUAUUGCUGUAUAUGCCGCUGGAAAUGCUAGACCUACAGGUGGAGUUGGAGCCAUUGCUCUGCUAAUUGGGCCAAAUGCUCCUUUAAUUUUUGAACGAGGACUUCGUGGGACACAUAUGCAGCAUGCCUAUGACUUUUACAAGCCUGAUAUGCUUUCUGAAUAUCCCAUAGUAGAUGGAAAACUGUCCAUAGAAUGCUAUCUCAGUGCAUUAGAUCGCUGCUAUUCUGUCUACCGCAAGAAGAUCCAUGCCCGGUGGCAAAAAGAGGGAAAUGAUAAAGAUUUCACCUUGAAUGAUUUUGGUUUCAUGGUUUUCCACUCACCCUAUUGUAAACUGGUUCAGAAAUCUCUAGCUCGGAUGUUGCUGAAUGACUUCCUUAAUGACCAGAACAGAGAUAAAAAUAGUAUUUAUAGUGGCCUGGAGGCCUUUGGGGAUGUUAAAUUAGAAGAUACCUACUUUGAUAGAGACGUGGAAAAGGCAUUUAUGAAGGCUAGUUCAGAACUCUUUAAUCAGAAAACAAAGGCAUCUUUGCUUGUGUCAAAUCAAAAUGGAAACAUGUACACAUCUUCAUUGUACGGCUGCCUUGCAUCUGUUCUUGCACAGUACUCACCUCAGGAGCUGGCAGGAAAGAGAAUUGGCAUGUUCUCUUAUGGUUCUGGUUUGGCUGCCACUCUGUACUCCCUCAAAGUUACACAAGAUGCCACACCAGGAUCUGCUCUUGAUAAAAUAAUAGCAAGUUUAUGUGAUCUAAAAUCAAGGCUUGACUCAAGAACUUGUGUUGCACCAGAUGUCUUUACUGAAAACAUGAAGCUCCGAGAAGACACUCAUCACUUGGUCAAUUACAUUCCCCAGAGUUCAAUAGAUUCACUUUUUGAAGGAACAUGGUACCUAGUUCGAGUGGAUGAAAAGCACAGAAGAACUUAUGCUCGGCGCCCCUCCCGAAAUGAGAGCACUUUGGAUGAAGGAGUAGAACUUGUCCAUUCAAGCACAGCCACCGAGCAUAUUCCAAGUCCUGCUAAGAAAGUGCCAAGACUCCCUGCAACAGCUGCAGAACCUGAAGUAGCUGUCAUCAGUAAUGGGGAGCAUUAAGAUACUUCUAUGAGAUGGAAGACUUCAGUGUGGGGUGGGAUGGUGGGUAUGAAUGGGAACGGUUGGGGGAAUGUGAUGUCUGGGGACAAUUUUAAAGAAUUACAUGUUGCUAAAUUUUUAUGUGACUGACAUGGAGCCUAGAAAACUAUCGUGUUCUUGGGAGACUCUUCUUUGCUCAGUUUGCUAACAUGCUUCCUGUUGUGGUCUAGCCAAUGCUUAAUGUACUCGAAAUGAUGUUAAGGGCUCUGUAAAACUUUAUACCUCUCUGGCCAUUUGUAUGCAUGAAGCUUAGUUUUUAAAUGUGGUGUGUGAUGAAUCGUGUGCUUCUGGUGAAGAAAGCAGAGGUACUAGUCUCCAAUUUUAAUUUUUUUAAACAUGUAAGAAUUUUGUACUUUGAACAAACAAGAUUACUGCAAGUUCCUAUGGUUUUUGAAACAAGUUUCUAGUUUAGGGAUUGUGGUCUUAAUGUGAUAUGUACAAACUCUGUUUGAAAAUGGCAAGACAAACAUACUCUUUUUCUAGAAUUUAUAAUUCCUGAAGAAGGAGAAGAAUUGGAACGGUAACACUGGUUCUAGAAACUGUUGCUGUAAAUCCAGGCCAGCAGUGAUGAGUUAUUGUAAUGAUCUCUGUGAACAGAGAGAUGCUAGCAUCAAGCAGAUGUCUGGUACAGCUAUGGAUGUAGCCCCAGGUCUGCUCCUGACUCAGUUCAAGGUAAAUUUUGCUGAACAACAUUGAGAUAUUAUUGGAGCUGUGUAUGAGAAAGUUUGUGGUUGCAAUCCUUUGCACCUUAUUUUGAAGAAUAAAUACAACUCUUUUUUUCUGGCUGUCUUUUAAAAAUUUAAAACAAAAAGGAAGGAUAGGGGCCAGGCAUUAUUAGGUUACUUCUGAUGCUUCGGUGUUAUAAAUGCAACUUAAAGACUGACAACCUAAAUUCAUGUCCUAAGUAUUCUUUUCCGUUUUUGUUUUUGUAUUGUUCAAUGACAAUUAAAAGGUACAACCCAAGUUUUUACAUAGUAUGAGCAGCCAAAAAGUAUUCCAUUUCUCAAGGCCUGGAAGUAGAUUUCCACCUUAAAAAAAUAAAUAAAUAAAAACUAUCACAUGGGGUGAGUAGGAAGACUGGUUAGACAGUCUUGUAGUUCUUUUUGGUGCUGACCUAUGACAUGAGCCUUACAGAUUGUAAACUAGAGAUAGCUGGAACUAAUGUACAGAACUAAAUUUUUAAAACAUUUGCCAUUAAAUUCUGUGAAGUUUCAGUUAACUUAAAAUAAACUUACACACAUAUGAAAUGUAAUGUUUCAGACUGCAAGGUAAUAUGUAAUGUAGUGUUUGUAAAAUACUCUUUGUCUAAUAUUACUAGUGGUAUUUCAAUUUGUACAGUUAUAAUUUGUUAAAAUGACUUCAUUUUAACAUCCCCUGAUAUAGAUUAAUAAUAUAAAUUCAGAUUUAAAGAUUGAUGGGGAAAUGGUGCAUGUAAUACUUUUGCAAGUAUUGGGAGUUCGGUAUGUUUUGAAGAGAGUAAUUUAACUUUUGAAUGUCAGGAAAUGGGUUUUCUCAAAGCCCAUUGCCGGCAAUGGGCAAGCCUAGUAGUACUGGCACAGAGCAUUUAACUCUACACCUUAUUAACAGUGAGGUGAAUAACUUUGAAUAAAGUUUUAGAGAAUAUUUCAGAUAUUUGAGUAUUCUUCUUCCCUUUGAACUAAACAGUUUAGACAAAGAAUCAGCUAAUGUGCUAUUUUAAAAUAUAGGUAUUUGGAGUUCCCACUGUGUCUCAGUGGUUAACGAAUCCAACUAGGAACCAUGAGGUUUUGGGUUCGAUCCCUGGCCUUGCUCAGUGGGUUAAGUAUCCGGCGUUGCUGUGAGCUGUGGUGUAGGUCACAGACACGGCUCGGAUCCUGAGUUGCUGUGGCUCUGGUGUAGGCUGGCAGCAACAGCUCCGAUUAGACCCCUAGCCUGGGAACCUCCAUAUGCUGCGGGUGUGGCCCUAGCGAAGACAAAAAAAUAAAUAAAUAAAAUAUAGGUAUUUGUUUCAUUCCAGUUCAUUAAUGCACUAACUCAUUCAUUCAUUCAUUCAUUCUUCAACAAAAAUUUGAAAAGCUGAUAUAAGCGGAGAACUCUGCUCAAGUCAGAAAUAAAGAUUUACAAAAUAUAUGGUCUUGUCUUCAAGGAGCUAUUUGCCUAGUAUGAAGAAAUUUAUACUGAUAAUUUAUUAUUCUUAUACUUCAAACAAAGAAAUCAACUCCCACAUUGGCUGGUAAGCAUGUAUAAAUUUUUCCAUAAAUAUUUAUGAAGAGAGUUAUUGCAUUUUCCUAAAAACAACUUAAGAUUAAGUUCACGAUUAAGCACUAAAAACAAAUUUAUAGCCAAUAUAGAACUAACUGCCUACUACCAGCUAGAGGUUCCAGCCUAAGGGUCACAAGUUGUUAGUGCUCCCAGAGGUUUUAUAGAGAGAAUCUGCAGUGGCAGUAAUGUUGGACUAGAUAAUCUCAUUCCCUAUCAAUUUCUAGGAUUGUAUGAAUUAGGAAUUCAACCAGAUUAUUUUCUAGUACUGAUUAGCUAUUUUAUCAUGCUGUCAUGUCUAGAUUCAGUACUUAAUAAUACUUUCUUUUGUUUCCUGGGCCAAUCUCCAAUUUCUCUGAGUUAUUUAAAAGAUAAGGCCAAUAUUCUCUAAUCCUGCAAUUUCAGGAAUUCUAGAUCCUAAUUCUGCAAAUUCUAGGAUCCUAAUUAAUAUGGCUUUAAGAGUUCUAUACUUCCCUUUCUCCUUUUUGGAAUUUGUGCAAUUAACUUUUUCCCCCCAGCUUCUGGGUUCUGUUUAUUUCAUAACAGUGAUGAGUACAUUUGAGAUCAAUACUACCAGAAAUCAAGACAUAUGCAGACAGCUACUUUUGAUCCUCCUAUGACUUAAUUGAAAAACUUCAUUUCUUAUCUUAUAUUUGAAAUGUCCUGAAACACUGAAGUGGAAGCGGAGAGAGCAAGACAUGUUGCAGGAUCUUUAAACAAUGUCAAGCUAUAUAAUCUUAAUAUAGAAGUGAACACUUUCUCUAAAAUUUCUAGUAACUACUCACUUAAAUCAUGCAUUCCUGUUUUUUUCCUAACUGGUGGUGGAAGGAAAUAGUUGACCUGUGAUUCCACCCCUCCUCCCCCCAAUUUAUUAUUACAAAGGUGGUACUGUGGUGCUGAAGAUUAUGAAUACCAAUCCCCAGGAAGUUUAUAUAUCAUUAGGGCUCUCUAGCUUAUAAUAAUUUAAAAAUGCCUCUCCAUUUGCAAUGCUUGGAAGUAAAAAACAAGAAAGUAACUUUUUUCUUAUUUCAUCAUUGUGCAGGCAUCUAUAAUAAAAAAAUGAAAGUUU